AGCAGAUGACUUCGGUGUGUAGAGGUACAUUUUCGCUCAUCCUCUGAUACGAUCAUCGUGUGCGUGAAAGUUUCGUGUUUACGAAAAUCGAGAAGGGAAUAAUUGGUGUAAAAGUAGAAUAUAACGUAUAAAAAAUAUGUGUUAAAGUGAUUAUAAUCAAGCCUAUGGUCUAGUUUAGUGUCCUCUUUAUUGUGAUCGUCCACAUUAAUCAUUCGAUUAACGAUGACGUGAGAAGAAGACAAAAAAGAAACGUUCCAAGGAUGCAGGUCAGACGGAUAGGUCUGAAAAAGGCUUGCGGUCUCUUGCUUACCGCCAUAGUUCUCUAUGUUAUCGUACAUUCGUUCGUUGGACCAAUGACGUCGGUUCUGUCUUCUAAUAUGGUAUCAGAACAGAAAUACGUCAUCGGUAACGAUAAACGAAUGUACGAGUAUAACCGUCAGAUGCCGCUCAUAUUUAUUGGAGGAGUACCGAGAAGUGGUACGACGUUAAUGAGGGCGAUGUUAGACGCACAUCCUGAUAUUAGAUGUGGCCAAGAAACGAGAGUUAUUCCGAGACUGCUCCAGAUGCGUUUUCAUUGGUUGAAAUCGGAGAAGGAGUCGCUACGACUCGAACAAGCCGGUAUCACAAAAAACGUACUGGACGACGCGAUCGCGGCAUUUACCUUGGAAAUUAUCGCCAAACACGGCGAACCCGCCCCCAGGUUAUGUAACAAGGAUCCCUUGACAAUAAAGAUGGGCACGUAUGUUAUCGAACUCUUCCCCAACGCCAAAUUCAUAUUUAUGGUACGCGACGGCCGCGCGACGGCUCAUUCCAUUAUCUCUAGAAAAGUGACAAUCACCGGCUUCGAUUUAAGCAGUUACAGGCAAUGCUUGAAGAAAUGGAACUCAGCGGUUGAAGCAAUGAACAAUCAGUGCAAAGAAUUGGGACCAAAAAAAUGUCUUACGGUACCGUAUGAACAAUUAGUUCUACAUCCAAGGAAAUGGAUGCAGACCGUUUUGAAAUUUUUGAAUGUUCCUUGGAACAAUUCAGUUCUGCAUCACGAAGAUUUCAUCAACAAAGGAAUAGAAUUGAGCAAGGUGGAACGUUCUAGUGAUCAAGUAAUUAAACCAGUAAAUCUAGAAGCCAUGACAAAAUGGGUAGGAAAAAUACCUGAAGAUGUCGUUAGAGACAUGGCUGAAAUAGCGCCCAUGUUAUCGGUAUUAGGUUAUGACCCGUACGCUAAUCCUCCAAACUACGGCAAACCAGAUGACGAAGUAGCCAGCAAAACUAAGGAAAUACAAGAAAAUAAGAACGUUUGGGAUAGAAAAGCCAAAGAAAUGCUGUGGAGUUAUUUUACAGAACCUGAUCCCGGUAUCGAUAGAGAUCCUAGCGAAAGUCCAAAUAGUAUUACUUGACAACUGAUCGAUUAGGUCUACGUUGGGAAUAAUUUUAAUAUCGUAAUUAAAUCUUCAGGUAGUUUUUUUUCACAAGUAUCGAAAACAUAUUUGAUAAAAAGAUGUAAAAACAUACAAUUACUUGGCAGUUUUAAUUUUGUUUAGUUAUUCCCCGAACUGGUCUAUCUGGCGAUUAAUAAAUUAAAUUUGUGUGUGGACCAUUUUUUAGUGAUACUAAUAAGUUGUGAUGGAGAUUGACAUUUUGUGAUUAUUGAAUUGGUGUCUGCUCAAAUUAUGGAAUCAGGAAGUGCGGGACCAUGCAAAAUGGUAAUGCAUCUUAGUUUUUGGUAUACUCAUCACUACCAAAAUUAUUAUCGAUUUGCCUCACGUUGUUGCUAAUAAUGUUAUUGGCGUUAGGUUUUUGUACAAUUAAGUAGAGUUUAUACGAAGCGCCUUCGCUAGCUGCCAGUCCUGAAGACAAGCGAAACGACUUUGGAUAAGAAACUGGUUAAGACCUAUAAAUGGAGCUUCUAAUUUGUUACUGAAACAAUCAAGAUCAUUCUGAGUACAAAUUGGUGGUUGCUGAAAACUUUGGUGAGCUGCUCACACUUAUACAGAUCACGAUUCAGCUCCAAGACACUCUGAUGAGAGAUGAAUCACCAAUCAAAAUUUACUUAGAAGAGUAUCGCUAUCGUUCUGGCUCUACACCCGAAUCGUAUCCUUCAAAUGAUUUAGCCUUUGGCUUGUAAACGCUCCCCCCAGCCCCAGAUCUUGUAUAUUUUUCGAUUAACAACAAACUAAUAAAUAAUUCACGGAAAAAGCGUACCAACAUCAAAAUGAAAUAAAAAAGUUGUACAUGAAUGACUCGAAAACAGCAGAUAAAAUUGGAAGAGGAGUAUACGGGCCCAGAAUUAACGCCGUGAAAGAUUAGACAACAAACCAAACAUUUUUUGAGCAAAAACAUACGUCAUUGAAAAAAAUUGGAUCGCAAUACCACAGACAGGAGAUUAUCAUCAUCAUCGAUAACAAAUCAGAUAUUAGAACUCCAAUGUCAUAUGAUCCAAGCCUGAAGAAGUUGAAUGGGCUUAGAAAAAAAAAAUGGACGGACAUUGUAAGGAUAGAUUUGUUAAAGUAUAAAAGGAAAAUCUUUUCGUAUAUCCUGAACCCUUCUAUGGAAUCGGAGUAGAAAAGAAGAAGAAGAUAAUUACUUCAUCGAUAGUCAUUGAUACAAGUCUACAAGUUGUUCUAGUACCAAAGCGCGCGUUUCUUUAUUUUUGUAUGAAUCACAACGCCGUUUAUACUACAAGGAUUCGUGUUUUCCAUAAACGAAUUUUCCUCUUCGUUGAAUUUUCUCGCAAUUUUGUUGUAGAACUUCCAGGAACGUUCAUGAGCCAAAAGAAAAAUGGUUUGAUGGAUAUGAUCUGUUUGUAAAGCCAAAACGAUAACGACACUUCUAAUUUUAUAUUUGUUGGUAAUGCAGUGUCUUGGCGUUGACACGAGCUCUGUAUAAGUGAAAGUAACUCAUCAAAGUUUUCAGUAUAAAACCAAUUUGAACUCAGAAGAGUCUUGGUUGUUUCAGUAACAAAUCAGAAGCUCUAGUUAUAGGUCUUGACCAUUUUCUUAUAGAAAGUCGUUUCGCUGUUUUUUAUUCUAAUGUAUAUCAAUCAAUUCUUCUCUUAAUAGUACAGAGAAGUUGUUUAUAAAUAUGAAUGAAUGAAUGGCCUCGUCUAAACAACAGUGGCCGAGCUAACAGGUUUGCUGCAGGACUGGCAGCUAGUGAAGGCUUCGUAUAAACUAGGCAUUACAGAUUAUUUGCUUCGAAAGUUUAUAAACUUGAUUUUAAACAAUAAAAAAAUCAUAUUGGUCUAAAUCUCUCAAGUAUAGUGCCAUUAUUACCAUGGAUGAUAACCAUAAAAUUUCAGAAUAAAACAAUGUCAUUUAUUAUGGCUAUAUACUCACAUUUUACAUGGUCUCUGCUAAAAACUUGGGCCAUUAUUAAUGAUUAGUUUAUGUAUACUUUUGAUCUGUUUCCAUAAUACGAUUUUACGUUUUUUUUUAUUUUAAUUAUAUUUUAAGAAGACUUAAAAUUUUUUAUUGUUAUCAAAGUAACAAGAGUUCAAAUAGGUUGUAGGUAUUUAUAACUUAAUUUGUUUAUAAUUAAAAUGCGGGUUCUUAUUACACCGAUUAUAGUAAUUGUGCUCAGACAAAUUUGAUGAAAAAAAAAUUGUAAUUGAUAUUCAAUCAAUCCGAGCUUUUCGCAAUUUCACCUUGCUUGAAUUUCCUAGUAAAUUUCCGAUGACAUUUAAUAUUUUAAAUUGGAUAUACACAUUAUCGGAUAGGUACUGACUGUACUAGUACCGAUCAGGAACUGUCUUCAGUGUUGCCAACUCUAAAAAAAAAAUUUUCCCUAAAACCGAAAUCAAAAACCCCUAAAAUACCCACAGUUACUAGGGAUUCCACCCGAAAUAAAUAAAUAAUACAUUAAAAAUAUAAAAUAUUAAAAUGCCUAGUAACAUAUAAUUUUUUUCAGAUUCUAAUUUUUUACAAUCAUACAUAUUGACAUUAAAUAAUUUCCCAUACUAUUAGACCUUUAUUUUGCUUGGUUUAUAAUUAAAAAUAAAAGGUAUAAAAAUCUCUAAAAGUACUCCUAAAAAUAUAAUACCCUCAAAAACAUCCAAUCCCACAUUUUUUACCCUAAAUUUGGGGAGAAAACCCCUAACUUGGUAACACUGCUCGUUUGUUGUUUGUUCGAAGUUGACAUAAGACUUUUUGUUUGUCAAUUACAUGUAAAUAAGCAUGCAUCGGUAGAACAAAUUCAUAGGCUAGUUAAUUAAAUUAAUAAGGUAUUUAAAUGACAAAAGAUACUGUUUUGCAUCCUUCCUUAAUGCGUCUCGAGGUUUCGAUAAAGUCUGGCAUAGCGGUCUGCAAGUCAAAACUUGAGAAAUUAAUUUCCGAUUCCCACUAUCAACUCCUCAAACUAGCAGAAAUUUCACAGUGACACAAGACAAGCAAGGAAGUGUCUUAAGACCAAUUAUUUACCUGAUGUAAACUUACCUACUUGAAGAUCCACUAUCACAGCUACAUAUGCUGAUGACACUGCUGUGCUAUCAUCUCAAAAUGAUCCAACAAGUCAUCCCACAAUGCUGGCUGAAAACAUGGCGGAUUAAAGCCAAUAAAGCAAAAUCAUUACACGUGACAUUCGUUCUAAGAAGAUAAACAUGGCGGAUUAAAGCCGAUGAAGCAAAAUCGAUACACGUGACAUAAGAAGAUUAAUAUUUCCACUGGUAAAUAUAAACAAGAGUAAACUUCCACAAGCAGAGGGCGCAAAAUACCUAGGCAUGCACUUGGCUAGACGUCUAACUUGGAGGAAACAUAUAUUUACAAAGGGCAGGCCUCAAACUAUAUCAAUUGUACUGGGUAAUUAGCCGAAAAUCAAAAUUGUUUAUAUUUCUCACCAUUAUAAUCAAAUUCAAUUUUGAAAAUGAUAAAAAUGAUAACAAAGGUCAACACAAUUUUUGAGUUUGACUUUUAGCAUGUCGAAUUUUAAUCUAAAGCAGCUUUUCAAUUGUUUAGCAAAAGUAAUUUUAUUUUACAUUAUGACAUAAUAGUUUUCUUAUGUAAGAUUUAUAUAAACAAUAAUAUUUUUUUGUAGUUUAACAGGAAAUUAAUGUCUAAAAGUGUUUUAUGCUCGUAGGAGCUAUCUAUUAUUAAGCUCCAUAUAUUAUCUCCUAUCAUAUUCUCGUUGUACUACCCUUGAUAACGCCGUUCAAAGUUCAUCACAUCUUGGUGAAAACGCUCUCCUUGUUCCUUGGAGUAGGCAGCCAUAUUAUCUUUGAAUUCAUCCAGUUGAGAAUUGAGAAAAACAACCCAUUUUUAUAAAGCUUAUUAUCGACGUAAAGUAGCAAAAUAAAAUUGUUUCUCAAUGUCUAGAAUCAGAAUUCAAAAGGAUAUAUGCUGCUUGUCUUAUAGCAGAAAAUGCAAAUAUUCUGCUCAUAUCAAAUAGAAAAAUAUUCAAACAUAAAAAAACAAAAUUGUCUGAAGUAUGGUACUUAAAACGGAAUAAUUAUUGUGAUAAAAAUACCCCGUAUUUUUUAUUAUUUAUUUAUAUAACAGAACGUCCUGAAUAAAUUAUAUAUAUUUGGUUACACCAUUCUUAUUUCGUUAAAAUUUUAGUGUGUUAUAAAGAAAAUCACGCUGAACAAAAAUAUUCAUAUAUAUAGGGUGCGGAAACCAUCCCUUCAGGUACUUUCUUUCGUUUAAAGAAUCAAAUAAUUAUAAUAAUUUUUCAGUGAUUGUAAUAUUUUAAAUUAAUCGUUAGAAGAGAUAUAAGAGGGACAGAAUAGGACAAUGUGAAAAUUGGUGUAAAGUUUUAAUAUAUACAUAUUCUUGUUUAGCGUAAUUUUCUCUAUAACAUACUAAAAUUUUAACUAAAUCGGAGGGGUGUAACCUAAUCUAGAUAAUUACCAAAAUUAUUUCUGCAGAAAUCAAACUUCAAAUAUUGUGACUUUCUGUUAACAAAAAAUUUAUCGAUUUGUAAUAAAAUGAAUAUGUUAAUUUAAUAUAAAAAAAUAAUGACUAAAAUUAUCUAAUUUGUUUAAUAAAACGAAUUUUAAAUUA